CUCUCUCAUUUCUUAAGCUUCCUCUCUCGAGAGCUCUACAACCGCUCCUCGUUAUCGGAUCGGGUCCAAUUUUUUAUUGUUAUACUUUCUCCAGGGUUUUCUUUUUGUUGUAUGAUGGGAAGUUUUGGAUGCUUGAUUUCUUGAUGAGACUAGCUUGAGGGGGCGCUUGUUCUAGGGUUUGAUGGGGUCUCAGCUGAAGCGACCCAACGUCUCGAGAGCCGAUCCGUCCGGACAAACCCAUAUGGCUGCUUCAACGGAAGCUGCUACUAGUUCUACAAAGCUCACAACAAGUGAUGCCCUUCAGUAUUUAAAGAACGUGAAAGAUAUAUUUCAGGAUAAGAGGGAAAAAUAUGAUGAAUUCCUUGAAGUCAUGAAGGAUUUCAAGAGCCAGAGGAUUGACACUGUUGGGGUGAUAGCUAGGGUGAAAGAAUUAUUCAAAGGGCAUCGAGAACUGAUUCUAGGGUUUAACACCUUCCUUCCCAAGGGUUAUGAGAUCAAGCUCCCUGAAGAGAAGAAGCCUGUGGAGUUUGAGGAGGCGAUUAGUUUUGUAAACAAAAUUAAGAAUCGCUUUCAGUCAGAUGAUCAAGUGUACAAGUCUUUUUUAGACAUCUUAAAUAUGUAUAGAAGGGAGAGCAAAUCCAUUGAGGAAGUUUACCAGGAGGUGGCAAUCCUCUUCCGAAAUCAUCAUGAUUUGCUUGAAGAGUUCAGACAUUUUUUACCUGACACCUCUGUGGGUAUUGGUCCACAUGCAUCUUCUGGUAGAGCCUUUCUGCGAAGGGAUGAUCGGAGCUACAUGAUGCCCUCUUCGAGGGCUCCUUACGUAGAUAAGAAGGAAAGAGUCUAUAAUUCACCCGCGGAUCGUGACCUCAGUGUUGAUCGCCCUGAUCAAGAGCAUGACCGGCAAAGGCAGCGUGUUGAGAAGGAAAAGGAUAGGAAAGAAGAGAGGGAUAGAAGAGACCAUGAGCGGGACGAUAAGGAUAUAGAGCAUGAUCGAAGGGAUUUAGACAAUUUGCCACGUAAACGUAGUAAGCCUUCUAGAAGGGAUGAGUCUGUUACUGAACAGAUGCUGCAAAAUGGAGACUCUGCUGAAAACUUUGGAACAUAUAGCAUGUCAGCUUCUUCAUUUGAUGACAAAAAUGCCUGGAAGAGUGUUUAUGUCCGAGAGUUCAAUUUCUGUGAGAAAGUCAAGGAGAAACUUCCAGACAGAUAUCAGGAGUUUCUGAAAUGCCUCCAUAUCUACAGUCAGGAAAUAAUUAACAGAGAUGAAUUAAAGCAUUUGAUGGUUGAUCUCCUUGCUAAGCAUCCAGAUCUUGUGGAAGGCUUCAACGAUUUUUUGGCUCGUUGUGAAAAUAUAGAUGGAUUUCUUGCGGGCGUAGUCAGCAAAAGUCACAUAUCCAGAUCAGUCAAAACUGAAGACAGAGAUAGAGAAAGGGAACGUGAAAGGGAUGAGAGGGACAGAGACCAUGAAAGGGAGAGGGAGAAAGACAGGGAAAGACUUGAUAAGGGUGUUGCUUAUGCUUCUAAAGAUGCAGCCAAUCACAAGGUUCCUUUGUUCAGCAAAGAUAAAUAUAAUUUGUGCAAGCCAAUAUCAGAGCUUGAUCUUUCAAAUUGCGCACAAUGCACUCCUAGUUACCGACUCCUUCCAAAGCAUUAUCCAAUGCCCUCUUCAAGCCACAGGACUAAUCUUGGUGCAUCGGUACUGAAUGAUGUCUGGGUGUCUGUGACCUCGGGAAGUGAAGAUUAUUCUUUCAAGCACAUGCGUAAAAACCAAUAUGAGGAAAGCUUAUUUAGAUGUGAAGAUGAUAGGUUUGAGUUGGAUAUGUUGCUAGAAUCAGUGAACGUAACCACAAAGCGAGUGGAGGAGUUGAUAGAAAAGAUGCAGGACAGUACCAUUAAACCAGAAAGUCAAAUUCGUAUUGAAGAGCACUUUACUUCUUUAAACUUGAGAUGUAUUGAGCGAUUAUAUGGGGAUCAUGGGUUGGAUGUAAUGGAUGUUCUUCGCAAGAAUGCUAAUCAUGCUUUGCCUGUUAUAUUAACUCGACUGAAGCAGAAGCAAGAGGAGUGGUUAAGAUGUCGUUCUGAUUUUAAUAAGGUUUGGGCUGAAAUUUAUGCGAAAAACUACCACAAAUCUCUUGACCAUCGUAGUUUCUACUUCAAGCAACAGGACACAAAGAGCUUGAGUACGAAAGCUUUGCUUGCUGAAAUUAAGGAAAUUAGUGAGAAAAAGUGGAAGGAGGACGACAUGCUUCUUGCUCUUGCUGCUGUAAAUAGGCGACCUAUUUUUCCUAACAUGGAAUUUGAGUAUUUGGAUGCGGACAUUCAUGAGAGCUUGUAUGAAAUAAUUAAAUUCUCAUGUCGAGAAGUCUGCACAUCCGCAGAUCAGGUGGACAAAGUCAUGAAGAUUUGGACAACCUUUUUGGAGCCAAUGUUGGGUGUCCCUCCCCGGCCUCAUGGUGCGGAGGAUAUGGAAGAUGCAACAAAGUCUAAAAGUCAUGCUGCUAAGGGUGGCCAUGCAAAUAUUGGGGAAAGCAAUGGGAGUGUUGUUAAUACCAAACAAAACAGCAGCUAUGAUGGCCUUCCAGCAGAGCAAACAAACACAUCUAGGGUUAGGCUAGCAAAUGGGGACACGACAGUAACUGAAAAUGGUUUGCAUGAUGCAGAUAGAUCUGCACGCAGAAGUGAUAAACAUAGUAGCAAUCCACUUCAUGGUAGAGUUCAGAACACUGCUCAUACGUCUGAUCAAAUGUCUGGAGUAACUGUCCACGCUGCAGCAGGUCACCUUUCUGUUGCUGGUAGAGCAGAACAAAGUCAUACUGGAACCAACCCAGAAAGUACCUCAGGGGCAAGUGUUCCACCUUUGAAAUCUGGUCAUACUGGAGCAGAGACGGUGCUUGAGCCCUGCCUUGCCAAUGAAGUGUUACCUUCAGAGGGAGGUGGCAACUUGAGGCCAACUGCUCCUGCAAAUGGCAGUGGCAUCAGUGAAAGUAAUAAAGCUAAUAGAUACCAUGAAGGUUCUGGUAACCAUAGUAACUUCAAAGUUGAAAGGGAAGAGGGUGAAUUGUCACCAAAUGGAGAUUUUGAAGAGGAUAACUUUGUGUCCUUUGAAGAUGCUAUGGUGGAUGUGGUGCCUAAAGCGAAGACUAGAGAAGAAACUUGUGGUGAGGCCGCUGGAGAGAAUGAUGCUGAUGAUGAAGGUGAAGAGAGUGCCCAAAGAUCUAUGGAAGACAGUGAAAAUGCCUCGGAGGCUGGUGAAGAUGCUUCUGGCAGUGAAUCUGCUGAUGGUGAGGAGUGCUCUCAUGAAGAUCACAAGGAGGAAGAGGAGGAUGCUGACCAUGAUGACCAGGAUGCCAAGGCUGAAAGUGAGGGUGAGGCUGAAGGAUUAGCUGAUGCACAUGAUGCAGAGGGAGAAAUUACAUCCGUAUCUUUCUCAGAGAGGUUCUUGCAUACUGUGAAACCACUAGCAAAGUUUGUGCCUUCCACAUUAGAUGAUAGGGAGGAUAAAGGCUCACGUAUAUUUUAUGGGAAUGAUUCGUUCUAUGUACUUUUUAGGCUACAUCAGAUAUUGUAUGAAAGGAUACUCUCAGCAAAGACAAAUUCAUUGACUGCUGAAAGAAAAUGGAAAUCAUCAAAAGAUGAUAGCUCUUCUUGUCCCUAUUCCAGAUUCAUGGAAGCACUAUACAGUUUGCUUAGUGGUUCUUCUGAUAAUACAAAGUUUGAAGAUGAUUGCCGUGCUCACAUUGGAACUCAGUCCUACGUGCUUUUCACUUUGGACAAAUUGAUAUAUAAAGUUGUUAAGCAGCUUCAAGCAGUUGCAUCUGAUGAGAUGGACAACAAGCUUCUUCAACUCCAUUUGUAUGAGAAGUCUAGGAGACCUGAAAGAUUUUCUGAUAUCAACUAUCAUGAAAAUGCUCGUGUGCUUCUCCAUGAUGAGAGCAUAUACCGAUUUGAAUGUACAUCAAAUCCAGCUAGAUUAUCAAUUCAGCUGAUGGAGUAUGGACAUGAAAAACCUGAAGUGACUGCUGUUUCUAUAGACCCUAGUUUCUCCACUUACUUGUAUGAGGAGCUUUUAACAAACGCUUCAGAUGAGGAGGUGACCGGGGUCUUUUUGAAAAGGAACAAACAAAAAUUUGGGACUGAUGAUUUUGUCAAAGCUAUGGAGGGGAUUGAAGUAUUUAAUGGCCUUGAAAUCAAAAUAUCCUGUAGCUCCUAUAAGGCUUCGUAUGUUCUAGAUACAGAAGAUUAUUUGGUCCGUAUGAGAAAGAAACGGAAAGUUCCCAAUGGAGUUUCAUCUUCAAACGUUGAUGGCCGUAGGGUACGACGGUUUCAUAGCUUCCUUGAGAGGUUCGGAACAUGAUGAGCAGCACAAGAGAGUUGCCAUCGGCGGGGCUCUGCCUGCAAGGAUCCUAGGAGAUCCUGGGGUUUGGCAAGGCAAAGCAUUGCGGCUACAAGCAUUUCUUCUUCCUCUUCACAUCACAAAUCUCCGAAAUAAAGCGCUGAGGAGAUCCCUGGUAUAUAUGUGCCAUGAUCCUGGUAACGGUGUGGCUUCUUUUUGCCACAGAUAUUUGUAUAUAUAUGUAACAAGAUUUGGAAAUUUAGUUCUUUUUUUGUGCUCAAACACUGUAGGUUUUUUUUUGCAGCUUUGACUGAGCUCUCCAUUUUGUAAAAACUUUUAACUUCAGGGGUUAUCCAUUCGUUUAUAUAUUAUGUUUCGAAGCUCACAAGUAUGCCAUCAA